UCAGUGUGGACUCUGAGAUUCAGAUUGAAACUGUUUCUUUUUAGCAUUGUCUCUUUAGUAAGGCUUGUGUGUUGUAAGUAGAUUGAAGCAAACGUGAUACAUGGUGAAGGAUGAAGCUUUUCGAAGGCAAGGUGAUGGCUUUCUUAAGCAUUGUCUUUUCAACUGGAGUACUAGCUGCACAACAGGAAGCUAAAAACAUCCAUCUUCUUUCUUCAGAAGAGCAAAAAUUUGUUCAAAAUGUUGGACAUAAAGGUCCUCCCAGGGACUGUCAUGAACUGUGGGAAAGUUCUGGAGGUCAGGCACGGGAUGGCGUAUACAUAAUCAAGCCCAGAGACUCGCCCAUUGUAGUUUUUUGUGCCAUGCAGGAAGGCGGCUGGACUGUGAUCCAGCACAUCACAGUCAACAGCAGUGUGGAUUUUGACCGCUCCUGGGAAGAGUACAAGCUUGGAUUUGGAAGCUUGACUGGUAACCACUGGCUGGGCAAUGAGUACAUCCACCAACUCACCAGUGGACCCAUCCGUUACAAACUGGGCAUCAAGCUGGUGGACAAAGAUGCCAUGACCAAAACAGGUGAAUAUGACCCAGCACUGGUGGAAGGAGAAGAUGCACAGUACAGGCUGCGUCUGGGCUUGUACCAUGGCACUGCUGUGGAUGCGCUCACCCUGGACCCAGAGAACUACCUCCAUGACAACCAGAAGUUUACCACCAAGGACCGUGACAACGAUAACUAUUUCCAGAACUGUGCCAAGCUGGAGUUCCAGGGAGUUGCAGGUGGGGGUUGGUGGUACGAUGCUUGUGCCGGUGCCAACCUAAACCGCCGAAACGUAAUCUACUGGCAAAAGGACUGCAACAAGGAGCACCUGUGCAAAUAUGCCUGGAUGAUGGUAAAGCCUUCAGAUAUGGUCAAAAUUGUGCAUCCUGCAGAAUGCAAAAGGGAUGAGCUCUGAGCGUAAUGCAUAGCACUCAGUGGUGGUGGUGGGGGGCUGAUUCACCAUACUCAGUGGUGGGGGGGCUGAUUUACAUAAAAUCACAAAAAAAUUUCCCUUGAUAUAUAUGAUGAAAUGUUUAGAAUGUUGGAAGGACUGAUGUUAAUAAAAGUCGUAAUAAAUUAUUUUUUAUAAUAAUUUAAUGCAAAAUAGCCUUUAGAAUGUGGGAUAUCGUGAUGAUCUUUAGGAAUGUCUUGAUAAGUUUUCUUGUAAUUAUUGUAUUUGAUAAACACUCAGGUAACUGGGAAGGAUUAGAUCCUUGAAACUCUUCAUUAAGAUCAGUUGUUUAUUCAUUUAAAUUAUUCAGUUGCUCCUUACUUCAAAAUCAAUUUUAUAAAAUUCUAAAGAGAGCAACAAAUUUACUACUAUUAUUACAACUAAUAAUAAUUAAUAAUAAUAAUAAUAAUAAGACAACUGAGUGAUAGUUUAUUACUUCACUUCUCUCUUAUAACGGUAAUAAUGCAUAUAAAUGUAUAUUACUGUGAUAACCAAUAAUUCCAAUUAUCCUUAGAAUGUUCAUAUCUUGUAUUAUAAUAUAAUAUGUAAUAUUACAUUAAAAUAGAGGCUAAAUCUUACCAAUAAAGCAUCAAAAAGGCUUUAGUUAUGAAUUUACUAAUCAAUUUAAUAUGAAAUUGCAAAAAUCCAUUGCACACAAAUAUUACCUCGAGCACAGAUGACUGAAUGAAAAUAUAGAGUACAGUAAGACUCAGAAUAUUAGAUCAGUACAUAUCUAGAUUCUACUGUAAGGGAUUAUUUGUCCCUUAAAAUGUCUGAGUUUGUGGGUCUUGUUUGUUUCUUCUUUUAUGCAUGUACAAGGCAUUUGAUGAGCAUGAACCAUCCUAAUCAAGCAUUUUACAUGUUCAAAUAAAAUUGUAAUUUGAUAUCCUUUAAAAAUAUAUAAAACAUACAAAGGUGACUGUCAAUCACAAAUCAUUUGUUAACGAGACAAUGUUUUUUUGUUAUUUUUAUUUUUAUAACAAGUGCCAAAUGGGUCAUUUUAAGCGAUGGAAUAAAAUAUCCAUGAAAACAAUA